GUGGUCGAGUAAAUCACCCUGAUGUUCGCCUAACCACACACAUGCACGUGAUAGUAGGCCCGGUCGCACCUUUGCUCCUGUUACUUAUGUUAACAUUAAUUAAUCAUUUAUAACUGUUGUUUAUAAAAGUGCUGGAUGCGCGUGCCCGACACGCCGCUCGCUCCCGUCUGUCCGCUGCUAGCUGCAGCUCGUAAACAUGGCUGCACUCAUUCUCAAGUUCCCUAACCUGCUGGGUUUGAGAGUAUUCCCACAAAACCUGUCAUGGACCAGGGGUGGUGUGAGGUUUGUUUCAGGAGGGGUGCGGAGGAUAGAGAAGGUUCUGAUCGCCAACCGGGGGGAGAUUGCCUGCCGUGUGAUGCGGACAGCCAAGAGGAUGGGCGUGCGCUCUGUGGCCGUGUACAGCGAGGCAGACAAGCACUCCAUGCACGUCGCCAUGGCUGACGAGGCGUACCACAUCGGGCCCGCGGCCUCACAGCAGAGCUACCUGAGUAUGGAGAAGGUUCUGGAGGUGGCCAAGAGGUCUGGGGCACACGCUGUCCACCCUGGUUAUGGCUUCCUGUCGGAGAACACAGAGUUUGCGGAAGCAUGCAAACAGGAAGGCAUCAUCUUCAUCGGACCUCCUUCCUCUGCCAUCAGAGACAUGGGGAUCAAGAGCACGUCAAAAUACAUAAUGGCCGCAGCUGGGGUGCCAAUCAUCGGAGGGUACCAUGGGGAGGACCAAUCAGAUGAGAGGCUUCAGGCCGAGGCGGUCCAGAUUGGCUACCCUGUGAUGAUCAAGGCAGUCCGUGGAGGAGGAGGCAAGGGGAUGCGUAUCGCUCGGACGGACGCAGACUUCCUGGAGCAGUUGGAGUCAGCGAGAAGGGAGGCCAGGAAGUCCUUCAACGACGACGUCAUGCUGGUGGAGAAGUUUGUGGAGGACCCCAGACACGUGGAGGUGCAAGUGUUCGGCGACCAGCACGGGAACGUGGUGUACCUGUUCGAGAGGGACUGCAGCGUCCAGAGGAGACACCAGAAGAUCAUCGAGGAGGCACCGGGGCCCGGUAUCAGCGCUGAGGUUCGGAGAAAACUUGGAGAAGCAGCAGUUAAAGCCGCCAAGGCUGUCAACUACGUAGGAGCAGGUACGGUGGAGUUCAUCAUGGACGCCCAGCAUAACUUCUACUUCAUGGAGAUGAACACCCGGCUGCAGGUGGAGCACCCGGUCUCAGAGAUGAUCACCGGGACGGACCUGGUGGAGUGGCAGCUGAGGGUGGCGGCGGGGGAGCGCCUGCCUCUCCUCCAGGAUGACAUCGUCCUCAGCGGCCACUCCUUCGAGGCCCGCAUCUACGCAGAGGACCCCAACAACGACUUCAUGCCGGGGGCGGGGCCUCUGCUGCACCUCUCCACGCCCCCGGAGGAGGCGGAGACUCGCAUCGAGACGGGCGUCAGAGAAGGAGACGAAGUGUCGGCCCACUAUGAUCCGAUGAUAGCCAAGCUGGUGGUGUGGGGCCGAGAUCGAUCGUCCGCACUGAAGAAGCUGCGAUACUGCCUACGACAGUACAAUAUCGUGGGUCUCCACACCAACAUCGACUUCCUGCUGAGCCUGUCGGCCCACCCGGAGUUCGAGGCGGGCAACGUGACGACCAGCUUCAUCCCGCAGCACUACGCCCAGCUGUUCCCCGCCGCCGCCCCCCCCGCCGGGGCCACCCUCUGCCAGGCCGCCCUGGGCCUGCUGCUCCGGGAGAGGAGCCUCACGCAGGAGUUCACACGGAGCUCUGCCGACCCCUGCUCUCCCUUCGGCUCCAGCAGUGGCCGGAGGUUCAACAUUCUGUACAACAGGAACAUGACUCUACAAGUGGGAGACAAAAAGGUGGACGUCGCGGUCACGUACAACAAAGAGGGGAGCUACACCAUGCAGAUUGGUGAGGAGGUGUACCAUGUGACCGGGGAGGUGGAGUCAGAGGGCGGAGCUUCGUUCCUCCACUGCUCCGUCAACGGGGUGGAGUCGCGUCCCAAACUGGUCAUGGUGGACAACACGGUGCACCUGUUCUCCAUGGAGGGGAGUGCGGCCGUGUCGGUCCCCGUACCGAAGUACCUGGCGGCGGUCAGCGGCUCCGGGGCCCAGGGCGGCGCCGUGGCCCCCAUGACCGGAACCAUAGAGAAGGUGAUGGUGAAGGUGGGAGACCAGGUGUCAGCAGGGGACCCCCUCAUGGUGAUGAACGCUAUGAAGAUGGAGCACACCAUCCGGGCCCCCAAGGCGGGCGUCAUCAAGAAGGUGUUCUUCAAGGAGGGCUCCCAGGCCAGCCGCCACGCCCCAUUGGUGGAGAUGGAGGAGGAGGAGGAGGAAGAGGCCGCCGCCAGCCAGUGAAGAGGCCCCAACGCACUCUCUGGCACACAGGCCCGUGGUUUGUGUGUCGACGCGCGGUACGACGGAGGCGGGGACGGAGGUUGAUGGGCGUAGAAUAGAUGGUGUAGAAGGAUGUCCUGAGUGAUGGGCCUGUUGUAGGGCUGAUCCACAUCCCUGAUGUUCCCUUCAAACCUCUGCGGAAAACUGCCUUUGCAUUUUGCUAAUUGUGACUAAGUGUAUCGAUCCAAGAACUGACAUCAUUUUUUUCCUCACAUUGUGUCUUUAUAAUCUAGUUUGUUUUUGGUAGCAGGAUCACUUUGUUUUCCCAGACCCAGUAACUGACUGUACCUUUUUGCUACCCUUACUGUUGCCACUCAUCUUUGUGUGUGUGUGUGUGUGUGUGUGUGUGUGUGUGUGUGUGUGUGUGUGUGUGUGUGUGUGUGUGUGUGUGUGUGUGUGUGUGUGUGUGUGUGUGUGUGUGUGUGUGUGUGUGUGUGUGUCUGUGUCUGAUAUUUUUGGGUUGUCUUGUAAUAAAAGCAUAAAGAGCUCUUAUCCAUUUCAUUGAAAUGGCGACGCAGAAAAUGGCAUACAUAAAAUAUGGGAGUUAGAGUAUACUUUGCAGGCAUAUUUCAUAUUAAUAAGUGAGAGCCUGGACUCUUGCUGUAAUAUAUUUCCCAUUCUCAUCCAGGGUGGCCAUGCGUCAUUAUGGCAGAUCGCCCUGUGGCAUUACAUAACUCUUAUGAUUGGAAAAUGGGUAUUUGUAAUAUGGGAGUGUGUUCUAGCUGUCGUUUGUAGAAAACACGCUGAAUGACAAACUCCAAAGCCUUGUCACCUGUUUCCCUAAGGCUCACCCUUUGGAGGUACUGAAUUGAGGUGAUGAAUGUCAUUGUAUGACAGAAUUCUCCUGUACUUGGGAGUGUUGGCUAUUUGUGUUUCGGUUGCACAAUGUCAACGUCGCGAGGUCAUUCUACCGUUAAUACUGUGGAAUCUGUCAAGAUGAGUGGGUUAGCAAGAAAAUUGUUAGCCUAGUGUUGAGUGAUUCUGUGUGAUAACUAACCAGUGUCUUCUGAAAUCAUUACACACAUGUAUUCAUCUUUGGUUUGGGAUUGUUUAUAGUAUAUGUAUUGUUUGAUUAUGAAUAAAUCAUUUGGAAGUAGCAUUCUAUUCUCUCUUGCAUUUGUGUAGUAUAGCCUGUCUUUUCUUGUCUCAGAUUUACAUUUUGAGGGCUCAUUGUGAUAUUUCAUGUGGUCUUAACGUUAAACCUGUUGUACAUUGUGAUGGCUGUGCUUCUCGUGAGAUUUAUUUGCAUUUAAAAAGUGAAAUAUUACACCAACAGGUGUGAGUGAUUAGCCAUUACAGGCCGUUUUGAAAAUCGGCUCAUCUGACAUCAAGUGGGUUUGGACACGCAAUGGCCGACUAAUUGGACUGUCAAACUGUUUUAUUCGAUACAUUUCGACAGUGUUACCCCUGAUGGGUUUUUCAUGACGACAGAUAAAAAACGACAGUGUUACCCUUUACGUUUCAUUUGAUAAAAACGACAGUGUUACCCCUUAUAUUUUAUUUGACAAGGACAACAGUGUUACCCCUUAUGUUUUUUUUCACGACGACCAAUAAAAAACGACAGUGUUACCCCUUAUGUUUUUUUUCACGACGACCAAUAAAAAACGACAGUGUUACCCCUUAUGUUUUUUUUCACGACGACCAAUAAAAAACGACAGUGUUACCCCUUAUGUUUUAUUUGAUAAAUAUCGACAGUGUGACCCCUUAUGUUUAUUUCAUGACGGCCGAUAAAAAAGGACAGUUACCCCUCAUGUUUUUUCCAUGUUGACCAAUAAGAAAUGACAGUGGUACCUCUGUCAACGUUUGUGCAGGGAUUCGAACCUGAGCGGAUUAGAGUGUUAACCUCCGAACAUAUCAAUGCGCCAUCAAGACACCGAAAAAAACAACAGUGUUACCCAUUAUGUUUUUUUUCAAGACGACCAAUAAAAAACAACAGUGUUGCCCCUUAUGUUUUUUUUCAAGACGACCAAUAAAAAACAACAGUGUUACCCCUUAUGUUUUUUUUCAUGACGACCAAUAUCAAACGACAGUGUUAC